AUGGACACAAACUUCCCCAUAUUCCUAGGAGUCGCCUACAAAGGCUACAUCUAUAUCACUGAGACCCUCGGGCCUGUAUUACAAUACUACGACGACUAUAUCAGAGCACCACAUCGCAGCUCUCCGGUGAUCACUGUCGUGCCGAUGCCUAGACCCGACAAUAUGGCUUCCGACGCCUGGGCCGACCAGUACUGGCGGCCGGGCCUGCGGGCAGACCGACGCAGGUCCGAGAACGCGCGCCGCGUCUGGAUCGAGCGGCUGCAGGCGGACCUGAGGAGGCAGCGUGACCGCGAGGAGACCAGGCAGUACAUGGAGGAGAUGGUGCGGCAGGCUGUGGAAGAAGUUGGACAGCCGACGGACGAUGAAGCGGAAGAGGAAGGAGGCUUAGAUGGAGUUCAACAGGACGAAUUGCAGCCAGAACAGGGAGAUAGAGGCCGUAACGGUGGUUCACAGAGAGAAGCUACUAGAGAUGGUGGAUCACCUCGUGUUGGAGAUGGGCUGGUGCCAAGUCUCUUAGACGGGCUUCGUCAUUCCGGAUUGGCACCGUAUGUCCCCCUUCUCGACCCAAGGUUCUACUAUGACCUCGAUUACAUGCGACAACAAGGUCUCGGCUUGUUCCCGACGUACGAGCAGAUGGACAACUUGUUCCGUAGCGAGCGUAUGCAACAAGAUAAUCUGUCUGGUCUCAAGAUCAGGCAGGCUGGUGCGUUGAACCAAUUUGUGUACCCCCUAGAAGCGAUGGGAGGGCAUUCAACCCGAUGGGAUAUCACAAGAGGUCAUACAAUGCUUUUGAGUCACCUCAUCAGGAGAGAUCCAUCGAAUUGGCUCCCUUGCUUUGACCGGAGUCGGUGGUGGACGCCAGCAGAGGUUCAGACGGCGUACAGAAGAACAACAAACUGGACUGUGGACAACAACAAGAUAUGGGAGAACCUCGCGGUAUCGCUUGAGCUCGUGAACAGGAUCCUGAAAUUGUUAUUCAAAGAGCAGAAUGGAUGGCUCGAUGCAGUCAUGUGGGGAGAUCGCCUUGAGGCAACACUACCUGGUGUAGGAUCAGCUUCCCGAGACCCCAUACUAACGCCUUAUCCACCCGGGCAGUCGCCCAAACAUGACGAUGCUGUCGGGCUCAAGCAACGGCCAAAGGCCCAACGACCCUCGCCAGCGGAAUACGUGCGCAGGUUCAAUGAAUUGUCGGAAUCUCUCAUUCUUACUUUCAAAGACGAAUUCUCUGAGGACAACGAAGGCCAGCGGAUGGAAGCACUGACUUGCUCACAUGCAAUAUGGCAAUGCCGUUGGCCUCCCGUGGGAUCACCGCGCACAAGAGAACCAAUUCAUGCAUGCGUAAUAUACGACGAGACCAAAAGCUUACUCUGUGACGCCAAGUUUAUGGAAGGCGAGUUCGCAUCCGAGCUAGGCAUAUCCUUCGAAAACGAAAUCUUUGGCGGAAAGGUGAGCUUCACCGGUAAUUCGCGGAGGGCUGGGUUCUGGUACGCCCAAGGGCAGCUUGGCAUUGUCUUUACCCCGUGGCCGGAUCCGCAAGCGUCUUUCCGCUACAACGAGACAAUUCAGUCGAAUUCCCGAGUCACCGCUGGUGCGUCUGAAGAUUACAUGGUAAAUAAAGAACAACGAACAGCCUACCACGUCCCCGUCUACUGGGUUUCAACUCUUCUGAACGAGGAAAGCUGGAACUGGAUUGAUGAUUCGCUCGGGAGCCAGGCCCUCCGUAUCCCUAAAAUUCUAUUUGCAAACUCGACACAAGUGGUGAAUUAUUCAUUCAAUCGGCAGUUCUCUUUGCGUUUGCUUAAUGUCGCUGCUGAGGGAGACACUAUGACCCGGAGACUGGUGGAUAUUUGCAAGAGGCUCAGGGAAUGGGAGCGCCAAUCCAUCACUUCUAGUGGGUGGUAUCCGCAAGGGUACCUACGGUGGCAGGAAAGCCCUUGGAGCUGGCAAUACGCCCGACAAAGAAUCGAGGACUUUCGCAUUCAUCACAGCCAACGAAAUUUCGCGGGUGCUACAUAUUGCGCUCGCCGACUUUUGAUGAUUGCCGGCAACCUUGUGUGGAAUCCCCAGCUGGGACAUGAGUAUGAGACUUUUUGGAUAUUUGAAGCGAUUGCAAGGCUGAUGUUUGCAUCAAUGCCAUUUGCUACUUCCUACCCAAUGGGUCAACCUGCGUCAACGUGGAACAGGGUGCACUUCCCGAGUGACGCGGCUAAACGCAGAUAUCCACAGUGGACGAACGAGACUUUUACUUUUCCCUCCAUCAUUGUAGCGACCCCUAACCACAUACCCAAGAUAAAUGGAAAUACAGUACAGUCACCUUGUGACUGGGUUGAGUCGGCGAAAGAUACUAUCCAGCACUUUGACCAACAACAGAGCUACGCGGCGAUUCGCUGGGUCCGACAGGUCUGGGACGUUCUGUUGGAUCUAAGAGAGAUGCGAUGUAAUAGGAGGAUUUCGGAUACUGAGUGGGGGGAAUUCAGCUUCCGAGUGCCGGAUUACGAUCCCGUUCACUGGGCUACGGCCUCUGGCCCAUUGACAUGGUAUAGGCAAUCAGUUUCGAAAUACCAGGCCGAAAACCUGAGGGCUCUACAACUUGACGGAAGGGUCAACCUGACAGGCUACAUGAAAAGCCCGAAGAUCCAGAACGUUUCAUUCAGGAUGUCAUCAUCCAAGGCCGAAACUCGGUUUGAAGAUAGAAUACUGAAGCAAUUGCAGCAUAAAGACCUCGAAUUUGCCGAACUAGUUUCUUGUGGUAAGCAAGGGUAUCGGUUGUAUGAUAGUGGCAUUGCGCGUGAACUUCGCGCCUCGAUCAAAACCCGGAAGCCCCGAGGCAAGCUUCUUCAAUGGAUAAGGCCAGAGGAAGUGGCGGAAUUCAAUGGCGCCAACGAGAUGCCGACUUUUGUCUCAUUUGGAGGAGACGUCUUUGACAUCACGGACUUCCAAUAUGCUUCCAUGAAAGAGAAAGAGCUGCUUCACAUGAGGCCAGGUGGCGUGAUCACCUUCGGUCGAGACUAUGGCCAAGACGCGAUAGUCGAACUGCUGCUCCGUUUGAAACCUUACCGAUGUGGCCUUCUCAUGCCAAGGGAUCCUGCGCCCAGAAAAUAUCAGGAUCUAAAACUCCUAACGCCAAAUACGCUUCGCUUACACGACAAUCCAAGCGAUGGUAUAUAUACCGCUAUAGACGGUGUGGUAUAUGAUCUUAGCGGUUAUGUCGAUUUUCAUCCAGGUGGGCGAAACAUUUUGAAGGGAAUAUCAGGACGCGACGGAACAUCAGAGUUCUACAAGUGUCAUAACUCAGACCUUCUCUCAAGCCCCGAGUACGCAGGAUUGAAGGUUGGUCGCGUUAUCACUGAACGAAGCCCUGGCCAGAUUCAUGAGAAUGAGAUGGUCCUCCAUGGACUGGUGUUCAAUGUUCAAGAUCUCUCCAAUGAAGACCAAUUCUUGCAUAACGCAAUUUUGCCACUGUUCGGAUCGGACGCAACUGAAAAGUUGGUCAGCGAAGUUGCCUCAGACAGUCAGAUUUCCACUCGCCUAGCGCACUUCUACGAUCUACAGCGUGGGCGAGUGGUCGCCAAGAUCCAAGCACCCAGAGAGCUUGGAGAAGUGUCAACUGACGACUUGGCGAGGCACGCUGACCCUGCCACGUGGGAUGGUGCAUGGGUGGCAGUUGGGAAUCAAAUUUUUGACGUUACUUCUCUUCUGAGGCACAGGGGUUGGUUGCAGACCACCUCGGCGCUGACAGAGAAACACGCCGGGAAGGAGGUUACGUAUAAGCCACUGAUGGAAUGGCUUGUCAAGGAACAAAGCCACCGCAUUAUUGCGACGCUUCGGGCUUCGAAGGAGAGGGUACAUGAGGAUGUGCCUGACUAUCGUUUAUAA